AUGGCAUUCCUCUUCAUCAAGCAGAAGCUCUUCCCUACAAGGGAAUCAGACAAAAUACACUCAGGCAAACCUCUCCUCGCCCGCAUUGACGACGAAGAUACCAUCCACGGAGACUCCGAUCAAGACCUCGAGUCACAAAGCAGCCGUUCCUAUAACACCUUUGGACGGUGCGACAGCCCAGAUGAAUCAACAACAACAGCCAGCAGUAGCAGCACCAGCAGCACCCGCGCACGCAUCAACCCACGUAUCGUCUCAGAUGCUAUCCUCGGUCUCUCAGACGGACUGACAGUGCCGUUUGCCCUGAGUGCCGGACUUUCAGCACUCGGAAAUACAAAAGUGGUUGUUCUGGGUGGACUCGCCGAACUAGCAGCCGGAGCCAUCUCUAUGGGACUCGGUGGAUAUGUCGGGGCAAAGAGUGAAGCUGAAUCAUAUCAAACAACAGUCCGUGAAACACAACAGUUAAUCCAAAUGGACUCGCAAGAGACUCGCGCCAUGGUGCGCGAGACCUUCUCUCCGUACGGGCUCUCAGACUCGGCGAUUGCGGAUAUCACACAUGACUUGCAUGCAUCUCAAGACCGACUCCUUGAGUUCCUGCUUGCUUUCCAUCACCGCGAGAUUGCACCUGACUGUAACCAAGCAUGGACAUCGGCCAUUACCCUCGCGCUGGGCUAUUUUAUUGGCGGGUUUAUUCCACUUAUUCCGUACUUCAUUGCCUCGCAGGUUAUGGUUGCGCUGUAUUGGAGUAUCUGUGUUAUGGCGAUUACCUUGCUUGUGUUUGGGUAUGUCAAGACCUGUGUUGUACGUGGCUGGUCUGGUCGGGCCAAUGUGGUGGCUGGGAUUUGGGGUGGAAUGCAGAUGUGUUGCGUUGGAGGUGUCGCUGCUGGUGCGGCAAUUGGAUUAGUCCAGUUCAUUGAUAUGGGCAGUAGUCACACCUGA